CGUCAGCGAUGCGUAGACUUGAAUAUCAUAUUUUGCUCUUCCGUAAAACCUUCACAGCUCUGACCUCUCUUGUCGGCCUACUCAGUGUCGCCGAUCAGCUCUAGCUUCUCCGGCGAGGUCCAAGAGGUAUUCAAGACAGUAAUAUAUGGCAUCUUUCAGAGCAUUCUUGAACAGUCCUGUUGGUCCAAAGACAACUCAUUUUUGGGGACCUGUUGCCAACUGGGGAUUUGUUAUCGCUGGUCUGGUGGACAUGCAGAAACCGCCAGAAAUGAUUUCUGGCAACAUGACAGCAGCAAUGUGUAUUUACUCGGGAUUGUUCAUGAGGUUUGCAUGGAUGGUGCAGCCUCGUAACUAUCUGCUUUUGGCAUGCCAUGCUUCAAAUGAGACUGUGCAGCUCUAUCAACUCUCGCGUUGGGCAAAGGGUCAGGGCUACUUGUCCGAGAAGAAAGAGGAAGCCUCACCUCAGUAACUUGGUGAAUCUCUCUCUCUGGCUGUCAAUGGUUAUGGUUUGAGUUUAUGAAGAAAUUGUUGUCACCUUCCUGUACAAGACUCAAGACUCCUGUCAAACGUAUAUUUGAUUCUGGUGCGACUGUAAGCACAGUUAUGACUAAUUGACUGUUUUCACUUCCAUUUUCUUUUGAGGAAAAUAAGCCCGUGGGCCAUAGAGUUGAUCAAUGGUAAUGAUGUAGAGUCAUUUUCAGACAGUUCCGGUAGGGCUUUGAUCGCCCUGUUCCAGUGGUUCCUGCCCUUCUGUUACCUACAAGAGCUUCUGAAAGAUAUGCAGUGUAUCCAUAAAUUCUUUCUGGGUCAGAAUUUAUUUAUUACUUGUCCAGCAAA